GAGGCUCUGUUGCUUAUGCGGAGAAAUUCGUUGUUUAGAAGACGAAUUAGUGUUUCUGCGCUGAAUGAGGCUGUUUCUGGAAGUGUGGAGUCGGUGUUCAAAGAUUGGGAGCAGCGGCUGAACUCUUCAGAGGGUUACUUGGAAAGCAACGAAGAUGAUCCUGAGUUGAUAGUCUUUAUUCCAUUUACAUCAGAUGUUAAGCUAAAGAGCAUUUCAAUCGUUGGUGGUGCUGAUGGGACGAGUCCUGCGAAGAUGAGAGCAUUCAUCAACCGAGAGGGUAUUGACUUUUCAGAUGCUCAGAAUAUGCAAGCCGUGCAGGAGUGGGAUUUGGCGGAAAAUUUACAAGGAGUUUUGGAGUACCAGACAAGGUAUUCGAGAUUUCAGAGUGUUGGGAACCUCACGUUGCAUUUCCCAGUUAAUUUUGGUGGCGAUGCAAGUACAACUCAAAUACAUUACAUUGGGUUGAAAGGAGAAGCUACUCAGCUGAAAAGAGAUGUCGUUGCGACAAUAGUCUAUGAAAUCACACCAAAUCCUUCAGACCACAAAACACGAGCUGAGACUGGCGGCGGCCUUUCACACGUGGAGUGAGCUCCCCUCAUUGGCAUGACUAAAACUUCUGAUAUCAAUGGCUUUUGGUGUAUGAAUCUCAGUCUUCAUGAGAUAUAAGAUCAAUCUAACUCAAAAGUGGCUAGUUUGUUUCACAGAGAAGUUCACCUUUUUCUGCCAUAGAGAUGCUGCAUUUCUUGAAAGUUUGAGAGGUUGUGAACUUCAAACAAUUUAGGUUCAUUUUCUUUUUUGGCAGCGAUGGGAAUGUGUUGUUUCUUACAUAUGUUUUCAAUUUCAAAGUAUGUCGUCUUAUACGUCGA